ACUUACCGUUACCGGUAUUUACCUUACACAGAACGGGCGCAGAGAAAAACAUUCGUUUGAACUUCUCAUUGUUAGAAUCUAGAGUGAUGUAUUCCUCAACAAGAAAUGUGUGGGAGAGACAGUAUGAGAAGGCUAGCAAGGCACUGUCACAAGUAAGUGUGACAGAGGGAGAUGUUGAUUAAUACAGUGAAUGGCAAUGCAAACAUUGUGGCAAUUGGGCUAGUCACCCUCUAACGAAUGCAUAUCUGGAUAAAAGCUACACGUCUGCAAAAAUGUCUACUGAACCAAUAAGGUUCCCAAACUUAGUUACCAGUGUUGAACGAAACCCACCACACGCUGCACGGACUGCACUUUAUUCUCGUUACACACCUUUUGAAUGGACACAGAGUAAUAUCAACUAUUAUAAUGAAUCCGAAACCAAUAGAAAUUAUGCAGAACGCCUCAGAAAUGAAGCAGUUCGUGUAAUUAGAGAUACUGAAGAACGAACAGCAGCUGCACAACGUGAUUCCGGUAGACGGCUUGGAGAACGGAUCACAGAUACCACAUUUUGGAGAAAUGCACUGUCAACUGAGCUGGAACGCCUUCUUGCUGAAAGCAACCUUCUUCAAGACAAACGGAAAGAUUUGGAAAAGUCUAUACAGGACAUUGAGGGGCCUCACCACAUUGCACAGGAAUGCCUGUACCAGAGGGAAAACAGAAUUGGGAUUGAUCUUGUUCAUGAUCAGGUUGAAAAAUCACUCUUAAAAGAAGUUGAAAUUCAAAGAAAUUGCCGAGAUCGCCUUAAAAGUAUUCAUGAUAAAGUAUGCCAACAGCUCCGUAACAAUCGAGCUGCCCAGCACGAGUUGGAAACCGAUUUAAACCUAAAAGAAUCCACACUGGAUAUUGAUACAAUGUGCCACCAGUUGAACAACUUCUCAAGAGGCAUCAAUUAUUUUGGGGGCAUAGAAAAGUUUGAUCCAACGGUAACUGUUCCAGAAACAUGGGCUGAGAAUAGUAAUCGCAUAAUCCAACGAUCACAAAAUGAGCGUUUUAAGUCUUCACAGUCUCGUUCUGACAGUGAUAAUCUUAUAAAUGCCUGUGCAAAUGAAAUCUGGAAUUCAUGGAAUGCUACAAAUAAUUCAUUGGCAAACAGGUCAUCAGAAAUACUGGAAGCAAAGAAUAAAUUACAAAUGCAUUUACAUAAGGUACAGCAAGAAAUAUUUGAUGUUGAAAAGCACAUGGAUAUGUUGCGUAAGGCUAUAAUGGACAAGAGCAAUCCCAUGAAAGUUGCUCAUACCCGCUUAGAAGCUCGCACUCACAGAAGAGAUGGCGAACUUUGUCGUGACCCUGCCCAACAGAGGCUUGUGCAAGAAGUGGGUGAACUAGGUGAAAGCUUAGACCAACUCCACCGCAAAUUACAAGAAGCUGAAGCUCAGCAUCAGCAGUUGCUCCGAACCCGAGCUGGUCUUGAGUCAGACCUGCAGAUCAAAGUAAAUUCAUUGUUCAUCGACCAAGAUAAGUGUUUAGGAAUGCGACGAAGUUUCCCUAUCACAGCUACAAUUAAAUAUUGAAGGCUGUCUUUUGCAUGUUUAUUAUAUAUAACACUUUCAUUUUCCUUAAUAUUCUUUGAGAAUAAAUAUCACUAAAUGUAAGUGUGUGGAACAUAGUAUUUCGCUAUUCCAACAAAAAUGUUUUUUAAUGGUGAUGUUAUUGUUCCUGCUGCUACAGUUGUUUACUACAGUAAGAAACAGAUACUACAUUCAGCAGAUGGGAUAAAUUGUUAAAUUUACAGUACAUCAGCUCCCUUAGAAAUAGUCUAGAGAUAGGACAGCAGAUCCUGUGGCCAGAACAUUGUUGUGGUGGUGCAAUGGACUUUUAUGACCUAGACUCUUAAAAGAUUAGAAGGAAUGGCAAAGACUGGGACAUUUAAAUAGCAUAAAAUACAGCAUGAGAACAGAGAAAAGGAGGGAAAAUUAUGGGCACGUAAGGCAGAAAUAUAAAGCUUUACAUUAUCAUAAACUGGAUUUUUUAAAAUAAUGCUUAUAUGUAGUGAUAAAUUCUGACACAAUAAUGAUGGAGGAACAAAGAAUGGAUGAGGGCUUAAUGAAUACAAACAUACUGUAGACAAGAGGGAGAGACAUGUAAAAAAGGAAUGAAUAUAUCCUUGUGGUUGUGUAACUGUAAAAUGAUGCAGCAUGGCACAUUUUUAAAAAGAUAACUGCUCUCUGUGACAGUAGAGAAGUUGGCACUCUAAAUAAUCUAUGUUCCUAGCAACUGAAAUUAUAUGUACAUUGUUCUGUGACCGUCUCUCUCAGCUUUCCAAAAACACGUUAGUUGGAAACUCUGGCGUACCCCUCAUUUUUAACAGUUGAGUGUGUAUUCCAGAAUAGACAAGUAUAUGGUUGCUUCCUUCUAUGGUUCCUUCUUUAGGUAGUGAAAUAAUAUAGCACAUUAAAAAUAUGCUUCUUUGGCUUCUAUUUGAGUAGUAGAUACCCAUUGUCAGAGUUUUAGUGGAGGUGAAGUCUUGGUUUCGAAAAAUCUAUUAUGUGCAUUAAUCUACUGAUUUGAGAAUUUAUAUUAGUUUUAAUGCUUCUGGCAUCAAUAAAGAUUCAAAAACAGAAAACAGCCUCCUUUUCCACUGUCUACUUCAUUCUGCUACUAAAUAAAUAGUUCUGCAUAUGUUGUAAAAUAUUAGGCCAUUUUAAAAGUAUCUACACAAUCUGACAGUAUUGGCACAGUUUCUCCAUACACAUAAACAGUAAUUAACAGAUUGUCUACCCAAUCAUCUGUUAAAACAGAAGCAGUCAUGCCACAGAAUUGCACCAUUUGCUGGGUGCCAGUUUGCAUUAUCCUCGCCACAUAUAACAAUGAUUUCAUUUUUGCUAGCUUUUGUUCCUUCAAAAUUUUCCACAUUUGUCAGCCCUGCCUGCAGUACUUGAUUUUCUAAUUUUCUCAUAGAACAAUACUUUUCUAUUUGAAUGUACCACUCAGUAAUAAUUAACUACCUUAAAGCACUCCGUCGUCAGGCCACAAGUGGCCCAUUGGGACCAUCCAACCGCUGUGUCAUCCUCAGCUGAGAAUGCAGAUAGGAGGGGUGUGUGUGGUCAGCACACUGCUCUCCUGGUCGUUAUGAUGGUUUUCUUUGACCAGAGCUGCUACUAUUCAGUCGAGUAGCUCCUCAAUUGGCAUCAGGAAGGUGAGUGCACCCCAAAAAAUGACAACAGCGCAUGAUGGCCCGGAUGGUCACCCGUCCAAGACCAACUACCUUAACCCUCCAUUAAAAACCAUGCUCAUUACACAGAGCCUCUGCAUCUACCUUCACUGUCAUGUAUGAAUACCCUUUCCACUUAAGCUUAUUUCCAUUAUCUUAUCACUUUAAAAUAAUCUCAUCAUAAAAACCUGACUUCAAAAGGUUGUACAAUUUGUGUGUUAUCAGAACUUAAUCUCAGAGAGUGCCAUUUUUGUAUUAAACAAACACAAGUGCAUUUUUAAACAAUUUUAUUAUCACAUGAAAGUCUAACCUUAAUCUAAUUUUCAACAUAAUAUCCACUAAUAUUAAGGUCCUCACCUCCUUCUUCCUCUUCUGUUGCAGCGUCUGUAGUACCAUGGAUUGCCCCUUUGUCGAUUACAUUUCUUCUUCACCUCCCAGAAUAUCUUCAUUCUUUCUUCUCUGCUCUUUUUCCAAGAUCUUCAGUAUCCUCUUUCCUGUAUCUGUUACUGUCAUUGAUCUCUAGCAUGUUCGUCAGUGUGUACUCGCUUCUGCAAUUUUCCUGUCCUUCCACCUUGAUCCAUAAUUCUGACCAGUCGCUCCUGAAUUUGACAAACCAUUUGCUUUCUCAUGGUAUUGCCCUUAUCAUGGUGAACAACCAACUUUUGAAUUUCACUCCCAUAAUAAUCUGCCUCCUAAUUUGGCAAUCAUUGCUGAAUGGCAAUUUUGACAGCAUUGUCACUGCUGUGACACUGUCUAAAUGUUUUGUACGUUUGGCUGCACAUAUGUUCAGAUUGUUUGCAGCUGUAUAAUGUGGUGAGAUCUUGCAUUCGUUGAGUCAUACAAGGAUGGACAUUUUCACGAGACAAAUUUCUUUACUUAGCUUGUCAUGUUUCAUUUUCAAUUGUUUGACUCAUUGUAAUUAUGACCUCGGAAUUGACUGAGUUGCUGUGAGGCAAAAAAUCCUAAAGAAAUUUCCCCUACCUAUACCAAAACACAGUUCACAUGGUUUCUCAGGCUGAAAUUGAUUACUUGAACCCCAUUUUCUGUAGUGAUGUUAAAUGCUUCCAUUUCAAGGAUUAUAUUUCAUUGCCUAUGUAACAUGAGCCACUUAUGUUUCAUCUCCAGUGACAAUUGUGCUUCACCUUUUUUACCAUAGAAAGAAAUUCAAAACACUGGCUAUUCGAUUGGCUUUUUGCACUUCGGUCAGUAUUUUAGGUACUUGGAAUGAGCACAACGUAGUUUCAGCAUUCUGCAGAACAAUGACAUAAAUAAAAUGGUUUGGAACGGGUAGGCUCAUAAGGCAAUUGUUCUUUUACAUCUACUUACUGCACCAAGUUUUUAAAUUCGACAGACAGCUGCCCACUUCACACUUCAUCAUUAACAUUAGUGAGCCUUUCUUUAUAUGUUUUAACCAAUGUCUUUAACAUUCAACUACUCAUCGAAUUUUCCUCAUAAACAUCACUAACCUACCAAUAAUUGUGACCAUUUUAUCAUUUUUUACACGCAGAAAUCAAAUAAUUGUAUGAAUUUUACACUUGAAGGAGUUUUGAUUAUCUUGGCAUUUUAAAUAAUUGCAGAGGAAAAUAAACAUUGGUGAAUGCUUCUGUUUUGGUGUUUAUGGAUAUCCAAUAACUAUAGGUAUUCAUUGAGCAAUUGCUGAUCACAGCACUGCAGCAGCAAUUAAGAAUUACACUUAAAAACAUGCUUUUUCUUACAAAGGUUUUACCCGGCGGAGUGCCACAUGAUAUUUAUUUAUUUCAUAAUGAUGUACAAAAUUUCCUGAACAUAGUACAAAGGUCCACGUACCAUAAAAUCAACUGAUAUAUAUGUCAACUGAUAUACUACAAACUAUUCUGUCCAAUAAACUAAGUUCAUAAUCAUGGCCUGGGAACAUGUGAAGCUAUUGGAUGUCAAUAUGGACGGGAAUAUAGUAUUGUUAAUAAUUUCUCAGGGAUUCAUAAAUGCCAUUCUGUAAGGGAAGUGAGACUUAACUACAAAUAACAUAAACAGCAACUUUAAGAUUGUGUGGGAUCCUUGAGGAGGGGCAAAAUGUAGUGCAUUAUAAGAUUCUUUAAGAAUUAAAAAAGACUAGAAACACGCAAAAAGUAGUCUCAACAUAUAUGGGAUCUUAACCACUGACAACAUAGGUGAAUUUCACAAAAUACUUGAAGAAAUGUCAAGAAUGACACUUACUAUUAGAGAUAUGUUAGUUGCUAUUAUAGCACGUUAUGGGUUUAUGCAGUAAAAUGUUAGUUGAUACCUGUAGUAACAUUAAAUUAAACAGAAUAGCUGUUAAGAUUUUCAAGUACAAGUACAAGUUGCAUCUCAAAAUGGUUAAAUACGAAAAAGUUGUGUCACUGCCAAAACUUUUGCUUUUCUGUAAAAUUGUACUAAAAGUUGAUGUCGUUCUACUUGGUGUAUUAAUUUGGGCCUAUCAAGUACAUUCCAUAUCAUGUACUGUGUACAGUCACAUUAGCCAGAAGUUUAAACACAUUUAGGAACAGCAUGCAUAUCUUUGUGUGGUUAGCACCUGUGCAGAUUAUUCAAAAUAAACUCACUCUACAUUUGGCAUACACUAUGUAUAAAGUAAAGUAUAAAAUGGAAAAAAUGAGUACAAGGUUUUCUUUCCAACGUUUUGUAACGAUUAUAUUUAGCAUUUGUAGCAUUAUCUGUAUUGGAGUAUUUAUGGGCUGCUCCCCAUUCUGAAUGUGCAUGGCAUUGCCAAAUAGCUAUAAAAACAUAUAACUCUGUUUCUAGAUAUUGUGAUUUUUGCUCAUAAGGUUUAUUUGUAGAUCCAACAGUAUAAUUUUCAUCUAGAAGAAGAGAAUAAAAUCUUGUCUCUCAUACUUGGGAUACAGAACGUGCAUCAGUUAACAGUCGCCAUGAAAAAUGUGAAAUGGGCAACAAAAGUACUUUGUAGCAAAAAUUGUGUGUGUUGCACAGAUAUAUAUAAACAGCAGAAACUUAUUUUACUUUCUUUAUGGUGACAAAGUAAAUAUACAACAUGUAUUAUGCUAUCCUGUUCCAAAUGUCAGAAGCAUGUGUGUAGUAUGUAGUGGAAAGAAAAGGACACUCAUUUAAAGACAGCUAUGAAAGGGAUGCUAUGAAUACAAAAGCCCAGUUCAAGAAAACUACUUGUAAUUUACCACACAGAAUUAAAAAGAGGAGCAAUGCAACCAGAAAGUAAACAAAGUAUAUGGAACACUGGAUUUGAAAAUGAACAGAAAACCAUAACAUAAGAGAUGCUAUGUAUUAGGAAGUUUUAUUACAAUAUAAUUUUACAGAACAGUGGUCUGUGGCCUCAGGUGACACUGUAUUAAAUGGUACCCCUGGAAUGAGCAAAAAACCUGUAUGUUUUGUAAAUCUGAAAUGAAAUUCUUCUUCAUCAAGAUUCAAGGGAAUUACUUUUUAACUUACCUUGACAUUUAUGUGGAGAAAUUUUUGUAAAAAUUUAUACUCUUCCGUUGUGUGGCUGGACUGACAUUUAUGCCAACUUGUAUUUGCUGUGCCUGUUGAUAUAUCACACUAAACUAUACAACAGUUGCAUCAUGGAAACAGUAACAAAAUGUGUGGCUGACAGUUUCAUUAUGUAAUGUAAUUGCUCUGUUAUCCCUACAGUACCAAAACUAAUCAUUAAUGGUUGUUCUUUCAGUGGCCACACUGUAACUACUAUUGUAGUUCUAUGUAACGCCAAACAUGUUACAGAUGUAGUGGUAAUGUAAAUUAUGUAUUCAUCUUACAGGAUCUGGCUUAUAGACCUGCUCCUCAGUUGAAAUAUUAGUGUAAAUGUAAAUUUCUGUUUAAAGCAGUUAUGCUGGUCUUGAGGAACUAACAUGAUCAUAAAUUUUAAUGUACAUUACUUGAAUCAAUGCUUCAUGAAGUUCUUGCCCUGUUUGAUUCAUAUCCAGACUUGAGAUUUUCACAACUUUCUCUUCUGGGGAUUUCAGUAGGUAUUUAGGUACUUUAUAAAAUUGGCCAAAUUGUGUUACGGAGAUGUCACAAAGUCAGGGAACUUCACCAGAGAUUAUGUCUAUGAUUGAAGUACUUUGAUAGCAAUCGUGAUUUCAGUGGACGGUGGCUGACUCUGCAGAUUUCUCUGUUGCCUUUCAGCAUUAAGCACUGCUUUCCAGGCACCAUUAUGGGUGUAGCCACUAUCCCAUUUAAAUUUUGUUGUUACACAUUCUGAUCUCAAGAGCUUCUUUGAUGGUUGAAUCUCAGUAGGUAGAUGCAUGGGAUAGCAUUUCCGUUUUGUCGAACAUAGUCAUAUUUUAGUUCAUGAGGCUGUGUUCAGCAACUGCAGAUUUGUCGAAUUUGUGAUAUUUAAUGUGGCAUCAACGCUCUAUGCAGCAUUAUGAAAUUGUAUUUCAUGACCAAUGUCACUCCUGCUGUGUGCAUGUGGUAGCAAUUAAAUUCGUCAGUUGAUAAGAACUAUUUUAGAACACUGACAAAGCACCAACAGUACAUUAAAUACCACAAAUUCGACAAAUCUGUAGUUCCUGAAUGCAGCCUCAUGAAUUAACAAAUGAUUAUGUUUGAAGAAACAUAAAUAUUAUCCCAAGCAUUUCCCUAAUGGGAUUCUGUCAUCAGAGACACCUUUGAGAUCAGAAUGUGUAACAAGUUUAACCAGGAAAGAGGCUACACCAUAGUGGUGCAUGGAAAUUGGAGCUUGAUGCUGAAAGGCAACAGAGAAAUCGGCUGAGGAAUCCAUCAUCUACUGAAAGCCGCAUUGCUACCAGUGUUCUUCAGUCGUAGAUAUUAACAUAAUUUCGGUAGCAUGUGGAAGUUCCAUGAUUUUGUGAUGUCCCCUUGACAUAAUUCAGCCAACUAAAUAAAGUACCUAAUGGCUUACUGAAACCUCCUGAUGAUGACAAUGGAGCAAGUCAUUGAAAGUUCAAGACUGCAAGACUGAAUACAAAUCUGAUGUGGCAAGAAUGCUGUGAAACAUUUAUACAAUAAUUUUUGCUGCAAAAACUAAGUUAUCAAUGUAUAUACUUGAUUGCCCUUUCCAUCAUCUUAUGAAAGCAGCAUUGCUACCAGUGUUCUUUAGUAGUGGACACUGACAUAAUCUCUGUUAGUGUAUGCAAGUUCCAUAACUAAAUAGCCUAAUGAAUGUUAGCAGCAGUUCAGACCUUCACACAUUAGCUGUUACUUCGUGCUGCCUCUAGUUAUUAUAUGUUUAAUGUGAGAAUGCCAUUUGCAUAGCUCUUUCUUCUGUCCAGUGCAUAAUGAUUCUCGAAAAAAUGAAUCUAUUGUGGCAUGAACAACACAUAUAACCAUACAAAUAAAACUUAGUAUAAAAUGCUUUUUGUUUUCAUCAACGUUAUUCAAGAAUGCACUUCCAACAUGUGUGAAGAUUCUGCUGCUAAAGUUAAUUGUUUAUGAGCUGUCAUAUUAAAUUUUAUGAGUAUAUACCAUUUCCAUAAAGUGCAAUUUUGAAGCAAGUAUUUACUAAAUGAGUUUUCGAAGUUGAAAGGUAAUGUAUGCAACAUACACAAAAGUAGCAAGACUAUUCAGUAACUGUUUUAUUGUAUUUUAAAUAUGCAUGUUGCUUUCUUAGAGGAGUUUAUCAGCCCUGUUACUCAUGUGUACAUACUGAAUAUGUGGAAUAUUGGUUCCAUAAACAAAAAUAUGUUGCCUUUAUGUGAGCAGAGCUUUAUAAUGAGAGUUAAGUUUCAUAUUUGGAAGAAGUAUCCAUAACCACUAACAUUUUAUCUAUUUAUGCAUCUUUAAGCAUUUCUCACAUGUAUGCAAUCAUUUCAGGAAAGACAGAUGUAUCAGCAAAUGUUUUGACAAGCUCUUUGUACAAAAUGUAUAGAUUUGUGCCAUUGUUCUUGGGCCAAUGCUUGUUCAAUUGAACCUUUACAUUUUUCUGCAAAAUAUACAUAAAUAUACAUAUAUUAAAAACAA